AUGCUGCCGAACACGAGAGGUCCAAGGCAGAAUACUAGGAAACUCCUUUCUUCGGAGGUGACCGCGCAGAUCCAGUACCCGGCACCACCAAAGCAGCAGUGGAGGAGACCUACCGACUGUGUGCCAUCAGGAUCGCAUGCUCGUUCCGGACAAUUUCGGAGGACGCGGAAUUGGCGGUCAUCGCUGUCCAUAGCUGAGGGGAAGCUUGCCGCCAGAAGAAGGAGCAUCGAGAAUUGCCAAGCUCGAUGGGACUCUUCUCCGAAAGGCCGGUGGACGCACAGGCUCAUCCCAGACCUAGCGCGGUGGGUAGAGAGGGCGCAUGGCCAGGUGAGCUUCUACCUCAGCCAGGUGCUUAGCAGCCACGGAUGCUUCCGCCAGUACCUAAAGCGCUUUGGCCACGAGGCGGAAGAAUGGUGCCCGGAGUGCGGCUCUGGCAUAGUGGAGGACGCGCAUCACAUUCUCUUCGAGUACCGCAGGUUCGGCCUCGAGAGACAGGAACUGGAGGAAAUAGCGCGAUCUACGAUUAGCGCCGAAACAUUGGUGCCGAGGAUGCUCGGGGACCCAAAAGUGUGGGAAGCGGCAGACACAUUUGCCGCUCACGUCACGAAGACCCUCAGGACUCUGGAGAGAAGGCGGAAGGAGCGGCCGGAGUAG